AACGACAGAAGCGACGGGUUGGGCCGGCCGUCUACAACGCGUGACCUGCCCGAUGUCGCGGGGAUGAACGAGUUCGCGCAUAGUCCACUGUGUACGAUUCGACGAAAGGGCUCUGACAUGUGACCGGGCCGUAGUGUGCAUCGUCCCGGGGUGCGUCCGUCCGUCCGUCCAUCGGGCAGCAAGUUCCUGGUGCGAGGACUUCCGUGGUCAACCACGUGACGAUUUUGCGUAGCCGAAUGUUGUGGAGUGAAGUGACGCAUGGCUAGAUAAGGAUCUUGCCCGACUUAGGGAACCGGGCGGUAUGGGUUUGCCGCGUUUCUCCCUGAAGAGAUACUUUUUCUACGUGCUAUGUUUGACGGGCACGUUGCUCGUUCUGCUGAAUCUCCUGCGAGAGGACGAGAUAUGGCACAGCAUGCGGCCACAUCCCGGCCAGCCGCAGUCCGUUCGGGUUACCGGCGACGCGCCGAAGAUGAAACCCGAUUGGCCGUUGAAAUCGAAGAAGCCGACGAUGCGAGUAUUACGCACUCGGGAGCGAGUGAGGAAAAAACUUUCGUCCGAGGCAUUGAAUAUAAAUGGAACCGCGAGCUUGGGCGAAAACUCGAUAGACCUGGAUCUAUCGCGGAGACCUUGGUACAUGAAAGGAGGAACCAGAAGACCUUAUCCGGCGAUAAGAACUCGCAAUACUGGCCGAAGAUUGGCUCAAUUGUGGCCGGAGGAAGAUGCUUACGAUGAUCGAGUGACUAAUCAGCUAAUGUUUGUGCCACCCGAUUACAAUAAAACGGGUGAGCCCGUUCCAUUGAAGAAGAUAAUGAUCCCCCACGGGAUGGCCGAAGCCAAAGUCGGUCCUGACAUAUUCUUCCAGCAACGCUGCCCGGUGAAUACUUGCACGAUCGUUCGUGACAAUCCGGACGACGCCGAUCUCAUUCUAUUUAAGGAUUACAUCACGCACGUGGGACGAAGAUCUUACAAUCAGGUGUGGAUGCUAUAUUUUUUAGAGUGCCCUUAUCACACGCAGAGCGUAAAGAACGCUCUUGUCAAUUGGACCGCCACGUAUCGGCGUGACAGUGACGUAGUGGCACCCUACGAAAGGUGGCAGUAUUAUGAUUCCAGUGUCACACAGAUCUCACAAACGUUUAAUUAUGCAGCAAACAAAACGAAGAAGGUCGCUUGGUUCGUUUCCAACUGCCAUCCCCGAAAUCAGCGCAUGCAUUAUGCCAGGGAACUCUCGAAAUACAUCCAAGUGGACAUUUACGGUGCGUGCGGCAGCCUGCGCUGCCCGCGCUCGCAGUCGCAAACGUGCUUCGACAUGCUCGACGAGGACUACAAAUUCUAUCUCGCGUUCGAGAAUUCCAACUGCAAAGACUACAUCACGGAGAAGUUCUUCGUUAAUGGACUCGGGCACAACGUCCUGCCUAUCGUGAUGGGCGCCCAUCCGACGGAUUACGCGCACAGCGCGCCAUACCGUUCCUACAUCCACGUGGACGAGUUCGAGUCGCCGAAGGAGCUCGCUGAGUAUCUGCAUCGGCUGGACCGCGACGACGAGCUGUACAACUCGUACUUCCGCUGGAAGGGGACCGGCGAGUUCAUCAACACGUACUUCUGGUGCCGGAUGUGCGCGAUGCUGCACGACGACCGUCCGCCCAAGUAUUACAAAGACGUGAACGAGUGGUGGCGAGGGGAGGGCGUGUGCACGACCAACUCGUGGCGGGAGCACGACCUCGCACGCACGCAGAACACCUGAGGAGGACAAGUCUCGCCCCGGGGAUACGUUUAAAGGGCUCUUUCGGCGGCCACGGGGAGAUCCGUGCGUGCGUGAUGCGUGCGCGCGGGCGUGCGGGCGUCCGCCCGUGACACACGCGUUGCUCAAUUUCUACAAACGAUUCCGAUUCUUCCAAGAAAAAAAAAA